UUGGCCGAGGUGUUUGGUGGCGCUCGGGAGCGGAGCGGAGCCCUGGGUCUGCGGGGCCGGCGGCCGAGAGCCAGGCGAGGCGCGGAGCGACUCGGGAGACCGUGCUCAAGCCGCCUUUUGCCAUGAGGAACUUCAAAGGAGUCAACUUCGCGGCUCUGCUCUGCAGCAAGGAGGGGGCCCAGGACCUGUUGCCUGACUUGAAGGAGUUCCUGUCCAAAUCUCGACCUGAUCUUCCCAGCAACCGAUCUGACGCUGAGAGAAGACAAGUCUGUGACGCUGUCCUGAGGGCUUGCAACCAGCAGCUGACUGCCAAGCUUGAGUGCCCUGGGCACCUGAGGACUGUUCUGGACCUGGCGGAGCUGGCCUGUGAGGGUUAUUUGCUGUCCACCCCGCAGCGCCCGCCCCUCUAUCUGGAGCGCAUUCUUUUCAUCUUACUCCGGAAUGGCUUGGCUCAGGGAAGCCCGGACACCGUGCUGUGCCUUGCCCAGCCUCUCCACGCCUGCUUGGUACAGAGCUGUCCAGAGGCCGCCCCUCAGGAUUAUAUGCUCGUGACACGGGGCAGUUUCUCUCUGCUUUGGAAGGGAGCCGAGGCCGUGUCAGAGCGGCGAGCUGCUCUCUUGACCCGGCUGAAGGCCCUGAGCUUCCUGGUGCUCCUGGAGGAUGACAGUGCUCCCUGUGAGGUGCCUCACUUUGCCUCACCAACAGCCUGCAGGGUGGUGGCUGCCUAUCAUAUGUUUGAUGCCGGCGGACGUGGGCUAGAUGAAGCCGACGCUGACUUCCUAUAUGACCUGCUCUCUAGGCAUGUGAUCAGAGUCUUAGUCGGCGGGGCUGGUGGCUCUAUGGGUUCUCUUUCUCCUCAGAGGGCCCUCUGCCUCUUGGAACUCACCUUGGAACACUGCCGUCGGCUCUGCUGGAGCCACUACCUCCACAAGGCAACCAGAGCGGUGGAGAAGGCCCAUGGUCACCUGCAGAGCAGCAGUGUAGCUCCGGGCCUCCAGCUAUGUCAGGUGGCGGUCGAGCUGCUGGACGCUGCCGAGAAGCGCCCCGGGGCAGUGGCCCAGCUCCUGAAGAAGGCGGCAGCCAUUCUGAACAACAGCAUGGCAGCCCCCGCGCCCCCGCUCCGGGCCUUGUAUGACAGCUGUCAGUUUUUCCUCUCGGUCCUGGAGAGAGGCACCAAGAGGCACUGUGGGCUCCACGGCACCCUGAGCUUCUUUGCUUUUCUUGGGGGAUACUGCUCCGUUGUCCGGCAGCUUCGAGAUGUCUCUGACGCGUCCUCCAAGCAGCAGCAGUGUCUACUCCAGGUGCACUUCCAGGCUCUUCACCUCCUCACUGGGAUGGUUUAUGACUUUGCCCAAGGCUGCCAGGCAGCCGAGCUGGCCCAGUUAGUGGACGGUUGCAGAUCUGCGGUUGCCUGGAUGCUGGAGGCCUUAGAGGGCCUGACAGGCGGAGAGCUGGCUGAGUACCUGGGCAUGACUGCCUCUUACUCGAGCAACUUGGCCUACAGCUUCUUUAGUCACAAGCUCUAUAAUGAGGCUUGUGCCAUCUCGGAGCCAGUCUGUCAACACUUGGGCCUGGCAAAGUCAGGUGCUUGCCCUGAGGUGCCUCCUGAGAAGCUGCAUAGGUGCUUCCGGCUGCAUGUGGAGAGUCUGAAGAAACUGGGUAGACAGGCCCAGGGCUGUGAGAUGGUGACCUUAUGGCUGGCAGCUCUGCAACCCUACAGCCUGGAGCACAUGGCCGAGCCAGUCACUUACUGGGUUCGCGUCAAAAUGGAUGCAGCCAGGGCAGGAAACAAGGAGCUGCAGCUGAGGACUCUGCGAGACAGCCUAAGUGCCUGGGCCCCGGAGACGCAGGUCCUGCUGCUGAGGGAGGAGCUGCAGGCCUACAAAGCAGUGCGGGCUGACACUGGACAGGAACGCUUCAACGUCAUCUGUGACCUGCUGGAGCUCAGCCCUGAAGAGACAGCAGCUGGAGCCUGGGCACGGGCCACCCACUUGUUGGAGCUGGCCCAAGUGCUGUGCUUCCACAGCUUUGCCCAGCAGACCAACUGCUCUGCCUUGGAUGCUGUCCAGGAGGCCCUGCAGCUUCUAGAGUCAGUGAGGCCCGAGGCACAGGAGCAGGACCGCCUUCAGGAUGACAAAGCCCAGGCCCUGCUGUGGCUCCACAUCUGCACCUUGGAGGCCAAAAUGCAGGAAGGUAUUGAGCGGGAUCGGAGAGCCCAGGCCCCGAGUGACUUGGAGGAGUUUGAAGUCAAUGACCUGAACUAUGAGGAUAAACUCCAGGAAGAUCGUUUUCUGUACAGUAACAUCGCCUUUAAUCUGGCCGCCGAUGCCGCGCAGUCUGAGUGCCUGGACCGAGCGCUGGCCCUGUGGAAGGAGGUGCUUAUGAAGGGGUCUGCCCCAGCCGUGCGGAGCCUGCAGCAGACGGCAGCCUCCCUGCAGAUCCUGGUGGCCCUCUAUCAGCUGGUGGCAAAGCCCCUGCAGGCUCUGGAGACCCUCCUGCUCCUCCAGACUGUGUGUGAGAGACUGCAGGACCAUGCAAAGGCAGUCAGCGCUUCCUGCCAGCUCACCCAGCAACUCCUGAGCCUCGGCUGCCCCGGCUAUGCCCAGUCAUACUUGGAAGCAGCAGAAUCAAGCCUGAAGAGUCUCGACCAGACUACUGACGUGUGCCAGCUCCUUUCCCUGACCUGUGCUCUGCUUCGAAGUCAGCUCUGCUGGGCUUGCCAGAAGGUGCCCGAGGGUGUUUCUCUGUUGCUUUCUGUCCUUGGGGACCCUGCCCUGCAGAAGUCAUCCAAGGCUUGGUACUUGCUGCGCGUCCAGGCCCUGCAAGUCCUGGCUUUGUAUCUCAGCCUCUCGGCCAACGUCCUCCCAAGUGCCCUGCGCGAGCAGCUCUGGGAUCAAGGCUGGCAGACCCCAGAGACGGCCCUGCUGGACGCCCACAAGCUGCUGCGCAGCAUUGUCAUCUUGCUGAUGGGCAGCGACGUGCUCUCUACCCAGAAGACCACUGUUGAGUCAACCUUCCUGGACUUCGGUGAAAAUUUAGUGCAGAAGUGGCAGGUUCUAACAGAGGUGCUGAGCUGCUCAGAGAAGCUGGUCAGCCGCCUGGGCCGCCUGGGGAGUGUGAGCGAGGCCAAAGCCUUCUGUUUGGAGGCCCUGAAACUCACGACCAAGUUGCAGAUACCUCGCCAGUGUGCCCUCUUCCUUGUCCUGAAGGCUGAGCUGGAGCUGGCUCGCAGCGACAGUGACCUCUGUGAGUCAGACCUGCAGCAGGUUCUAUUCCUGCUGGAGUCCUCCACAGAGUUUGCUGCAGUGACCCAGCGCCCAGACUCUGUGAAGAAGGUGUAUAUGCAGAAGGGGAAGCAGAGGGCUCAAGUACCCUGUUUUCCACUGCUGCCAGAGGAGGAACCCUUCCUGAGAGGCCCUGCCCUGGAGCUGGUGGCCACUGUGCCCAGGGAGCCCGGCCCCAUCCAGCCCUCUGCAAACUCCUCCCCAGUCCUGAAGACCAAGCCGCCACCCAAGCCUGGCUUUCUGUCCCACUCCUCCAGCUGCGACUGCUCGCUGUGUGCCAGCCCUGGCCUCUCAGCCGUCUGUCUGCGCUGGGUGUUAGUCACUGCAGGACUGAGGCUGGCCACGGGCCAUAAGGCCCAGGGUCUGGAGCUGCUGCAGCUCGUGCUGAAGGGCUGCCCUGCAGCCACCAGGCGCUUCACACAGAGACUUCAGGCCUCUCUGAGACACACAGCACCCCCCUCUUCCACGCCAAGCCUCUUCGAUGAGAUCAUGGCCCAAGUGUACACACACUUGGCACUGGAACACCUGAAUCAGACCUCUGAAAAGAGCCUGGGGAAGGUCCUGACUUUGGGGCUGAAGUUCGUGGCAGCACGGAUACAAUGCUUGGAGUUCUGGCAAGCCAGCCUGCUCUUGGUUCAGGCCCUUGCGAAGCUGGCCAGCUUCAGCUGCUGUGGUACCCAGCUUUUUGCAAGCACUUGGGGCUGGCAGCCACCAUUAAUAAAAAGUCCCAAAGUCGUAGAGCCCUCUAAGACUCGGAGACAGAAAUGCUCUGGACGAGGGCUCCGGCAGGCAGCCUCUGCCCCGCCACCCCUCCACAACAGUGCCCAGAGAGUCUUGGAGGAGGAAGGGCCACCUUGUACCCCGAAGCCCCCAGGCCGGGCUAGGCCAGCGAGUGCUCGGGUCCCUUUCACCAUAUUUGAAGAAGUCCACCCCACGAAGAGCAAGCCUGACGCUCCCUUGGCUCCCAGAGUACAUAGGAGGGCGCAGACUCGCCUCAGGGUGAGCUUCAGUGAUGACAGCGACCUGGAAGACCUUGUAGCCGAACCACAACCUGUGGAGGAAGUGAGAAGACGAGGGACCCGGGGCCGGGGCCAGAUGAGGAAGGGUCCUGGCUUGAAGACAGACGCAGCAGUUGGCACAGGUAGUGGCCCUGGACGGUCAAGUGUCAGUGGGAUCAGUGGGAGGAGUCGGCGGGCCAAGAAGGAGGUACCAAGACGUUGUGAAGAAGAGACUGCCAAGACAUCCGUCUGUGUCCGGGCCAGCGUGGGACCUGAGGUCAUGAGAGCCAUCCCUGAAGAGAAUCUGACGGACAGCCGGCUGGAAAUGAGCUUUGAGAUUCUCAGGGGUUCUGAUGGGGAAGACGGCGCUGCAGGAGAACGGGAGGUGUUGAGACGGGACUCCAGCAAGGCAGAGCAUUCUGUCCUGUACCCGGACAAGGAGCCCGCUAGUGACCCUCGACCUUGGCUGCGGCCCCUUUCAGUCCCUGUGCCCAUUGAUCUCUCUACCCUGGAGUCCAUCUCCGACUCGCUGAGCGUUGCUUUCCGCGCUGUCAGUCACUGCCCGCCCAGCGGCCUCUACGCCCACCUCUGCCGCUUCUUGGCCUUGUGUCUGGGCCAGCGGGAUCCCUGUGCCACUGCGUUCCUCGUCGCUGAGUCCGUCUCCAUCACGUGCCGUCACCAGCUGCUCACCCACCUGCACCGACAGCUCAGCAAGGCCCAGAAGCAGCAAGGAGCUCCUGAACUAGCAGAGCGCCUCCAGGGGCUGGACCUGAAGGAGAGGCCAGGGAGUGUCCCCCUGGCCCGCAUCCAGCGCCUCUUUUCCUUCAGGACUUGGGGAUCUGGCUGCUUCCCCCAGGCAGAGAAGGACGAUUUCCAGGAGCGCCUGGCUCAGCUCCCCAGUGGGGUCACUGUCUGCGUGUUGGCCCUGGCCACCCUCCAGCCUGGAACGCUGAGCAACACUCUCCUACUGACCCGACUGGAAAAGGACAACCCCCCAGUUACCGUCAAGAUCCCCACCGCCCAAAAUAAGUUCCCACUAAGCUCAGUGCUCAGAGAGUUUGAUGCCAUCCAGAAGGACCAGAAAGAAAACAGCAGCUGUACUGAGAAACGAGCAUGGUGGACGGGGCGGCUGGCACUGGAUCAGAGGAUGGAGGACCUCAUCACCUCCCUGGAGGAGAGCGUGCUGGGCUGCUGGAGGGGCCUGCUGCUGCCCUGCAGUUCGGAGCCUGGCCCUGCUCAGGAGGCCUCCCGGCUACAAGAGCUGCUGCGGGACUGUGGCUGGGAGUACCCUGACUGCACGCUCCUCAAAGUCAUUCUUAGCAGUGCCAGAACCCUCAGCAGCCAGGAUGUUCAGGCCUUGGCCUAUGGGCUGUGCCCAGCCCAGCCAGAGCGUGCCCGAGUGCUCCUGAGCGAGGCGGUAGAGCGGGUGCAGAGCCAGGCGGCCCCGGGAAAUCAGCACCUUGUAUUGGUGUUAGACAAGGACCUGCAGAAGCUGCCAUGGGAGAGCAUGCCCGUCCUCCGAGCACUGCCUGUCACCCGGCUGCCCUCCUUCCGCUUCCUACUCAGCUACUCCAUCACUAAAGAGGCUGGGGCUUCGUCGGUGCUGAGCCACGGUGUUGAUCCACAGAAUGCCUUCUAUGUCCUAAACCCCCACAGCAACCUGUCAAGCACAGAGGAGAGGUUCCGAGCCAGUUUCAGCAGUGAAGCUGGCUGGAAAGGAGUGAUUGGGGAAGUGCCAAGCCUUGAGCAGGUGCAGGCUGCCCUGACAGAGCGGGACUUAUACGUCUAUGCAGGGCAUGGAGCUGGUGCCCGCUUCCUUGAUGGGCAGGCUGUCCUGCGCCUCAGCUGCCGGGCAGUGGCCCUGCUGUUUGGCUGCAGCAGCGCGGCCCUCGCUGUGCAUGGAAACCUGGAGGGAGCUGGCAUCGUGCUCAAGUACAUCAUGGCCGGCUGCCCCUUGUUCCUAGGCAACCUCUGGGAUGUGACCGACAGAGACAUUGACCGGUACACAGAGGCUCUGCUGCAGGGCUGGCUCCGAGCAGGCCCGGGGGCCCCCCUUCUCUGCUACGUCAGCCAGGCCCGCCAGGCGCCCCGACUUAAGUUUCUCAUUGGGGCUGCACCCAUCGCCUAUGGCCUGCCCGUCUCUCUGCAAGCACCUUGAAGCUGUCUUACCUGUGGUAGAAGCUGUGUGACUGUCUACCUCCAAACUUAGUUUUAACUAUUUAGAAUUUUAAAGUGAUUUUUUCCUGGUGUUUUGUAUGAAAUAUUUUCUUUUAAUAUGACCUUAAUAAAGAUAUACCAAGCCUCAUUUUGUGAAAAUCCAAAA